UGUUAUCGUGAAGUAUUUUCUCCUUUUGUAUAGUUAAAACCAAGUGUCAUUCGAUGUACUCGCUCUAGAAGCCACCAAUCCCUUCAAAUAAUUAAUUACUAAUGCGAACAAAAGGACUCUACUGAUUUUUUACGAGCCGGUAUUGAUAGCACAGCGUAGCAGUACUGUCGAGAAAUGCUCUCCAGUCAACUUUGUCGAUAUUUUCACUCGGGGAACACCCUCUGGCAGUCAUCAACCAAGUCACUGCUAGCUAAAUUGCGAAAAAAGACAGGAUAUACAUUUUCCAACUGCAAAAAGGCUCUGGAAUUGCAUGAAAAUGAUUACGCCAAGGCAGAAGCAUGGCUACGAGAGCAGGCUCAGGCAAUGGGGUGGUCCAAAGCCCAAAAACUCCAGGGGAGAUCAACGAAACAAGGUCUAGUAGCAGUGAUGGUCGACAAAAACCAUGGGGCGUUGGUCGAAAUAAAUUGCGAGACAGAUUUCGUCGCUCGCAACAAAACGUUCCACGGUUUGGCUGAGCUCAUAGCGUCAGCUGUCCUCAAAUUCAGUGGAAACCAGCAAACAAUAGACCAGGUGCACAGAACCCUGCUAGACGCAGAAGCACUGAAGAACCUGCCUGCACUCGAUGGUAAGACAGUUGCUGAUCAUGCAGCCCUGACUAUUGGUACCAUUGGGGAAAACAUCGCUGUGAAAAGAGCUCUCUGUAUGAGCGUUGAUCCCAGCAUUCAAUUGAUCGGUUGCACGCAUCCAGCACCUGUCAAUCCCAUUCCAGCCUCUUUUGGGAGGUACGGAGCACUAUUGGCAUUCAAAUCAUCCACUGAGAAUCCAGUUCUUGGGAUGCAACUUUGUCAGCAUAUCAUUGGAAUGAAUCCAACCAAAAUUGGUCAGCCAGGCGUCGACGAACCAAUACCAAAUGCUGACGAUGAAACAACAAUGAUUCAUCAAGAAUUUCUCCUGGACCCAAGCCUCAGUGUUCAGCAGGUUCUGCUGGGUGCUCACGCAGAGAUUAUUGAUUUCGUGCGUUUCGAAAUGGGAGAAAUUCCUGAACCCUCCGAGGAGACCCUAGAGACUCCGGAACCAAUGAAAAGCUGUGGUUAAUUCCCAAAUAAUCCCCGAAAAUGCCUGCAACCAUUGAAAUAUUACAUAGGGCUGUCCUACAUAGACUUUAUUCCAUUUAUUCCAAAAAAUAUGUACAUAAAAGUUUCAUGUACUAUAAAAUUUGAUUGCAGUAUAUCAAAUAUGAUGAUCUAAAGACGAAAAA